ACGCCUCGCUCAUCUCUGAAUCCGUCUUUGAAGGCUCACUGAGGAGAAAACACCUCAGAAUCGUCGCGUUAUUAGAGCGCUCGCGCUCAGUCUCGCGUCGUGACUGUUUUCGUUUACCUUUAAAUGGAGAACGUUUGGGCGAGACGGUGAUUGGACCGUUCGGCUGUCAAUCACGCACGAUGGGGCGGAACCUUCGGGCCGCUGUUACAGACGGGGACAUCAGCCGUAGAGCGACACUCGUCGAGGGGAAAGACGGAACCGAGACGUGGAGCAGAAAUGGACUUUAGGGCAGAAUAAUGUUGAUCUGGGUAACCCUAUGCCAUGGAUUUAAAAAGUGCUGUUUUCAACGCCGCCCGAGACGGCAAACUGAGGCUCCUCCAGAAACUCUUAGAGAACAAGAGCGAUCACGACGUGAUGAAACUGAUGGCGGAGAAGACCAACGGAGCGACGCCGCUGCUCAUGGCCGCGCGGUACGGGCACCUGGAGCUGGUGGAGUACCUGAUCGAGUGCUGCUGCGCAUCUGUGGAGGUCGGAGGCUCGGUGAACUUCGACGGGGAGAUCAUCGAGGGAGCGCCGCCGCUGUGGGCCGCCUCGGCCGCCGGACAUCUGAAAGUCGUGCAGUCUCUGCUGGGUCACGGUGCGUCUGUGAACAAUACGACUCUUACGAACUCCACCCCGCUGAGAGCCGCGUGCUUCGACGGACACUUGGAUAUUGUCAGAUACCUGGUGGAGCACAAAGCGGAUCUGGAAGUGGCCAACAGGCACGGACACACCUGCCUCAUGAUAUCAUGUUAUAAAGGCCACAAGGAGAUCGCGCAGUACCUGCUGGAGAAAGGAGCCGAUGUCAACCGGAAAAGUGUGAAAGGUAACACGGCUUUACACGACUGCGCUGAGUCCGGGAGCUUGGAGAUCAUGAAGAUGCUCCUGAAGUACGGCUCCACCAUGGAGAAGGACGGCUACGGGAUGACGCCGCUGCUCUCCGCCAGCGUGACGGGCCACACCAACAUCGUGGAUUUCCUCACGCAGCACCCUCAGACGGGCAGAACGGAGCGCAUCAAUGCUCUGGAGCUGCUGGGGGCCACGUUUGUGGAUAAAAAGAGAGACCUGCUGGGAGCGCUGAAGUACUGGAAGAGAGCCAUGGAUCUGCGGCACAGCGACCCCAACCACGUGCUCCUGAAGGACGAGCCCAAGCAGCUGGUGCCGGCCUACGACUACAUGACUGUAGUAUUUCUGUCAUUCAUCGAUGCGUCUCUGAUGACUUGCGUUCUGUGUGAUCUUUGUCUUGAAGGUAACACGGCUUUACACGACUGCGCUGAGUCCGGGAGCUUGGAGAUCAUGAAGAUGCUCCUGAAGUACGGCUCCACCAUGGAGAAGGACGGCUACGGGAUGACGCCGCUGCUCUCCGCCAGCGUGACGGGCCACACCAACAUCGUGGAUUUCCUCACGCAGCACCCUCAGACGGGCAGAACGGAGCGCAUCAAUGCUCUGGAGCUGCUGGGGGCCACGUUUGUGGAUAAAAAGAGAGACCUGCUGGGAGCGCUGAAGUACUGGAAGAGAGCCAUGGAUCUGCGGCACAGCGACCCCAACCACGUGCUCCUGAAGGACGAGCCCAAGCAGCUGGUGCCGGCCUACGACUACAGCAAGGAGGUGAACACGUUCGAGGAGCUCGACAGCUUGAUCGCAGACCCCGACGACAUGCGCAUGCAAGCGCUGCUGAUCCGAGAGCGCAUCCUUGGCCCGUCGCACCCGGACACAUCCUACUACAUCCGCUACCGCGGGGCCGUCUACGCCGACUCGGGCAACUUCGAGCGCUGCAUCAAGCUGUGGAAGUAUGCUCUGGACAUGCAGCAGAGCAACCUGGACGCGCUCAGCCCCAUGACGGCCAGCAGCCUGCUGUCCUUCGCCGAGCUCUUCUCCUUCAUGCUGCAGGACCGAGCCAAGGGUCUUCUGGGCACCUCCGUGUCCUUCCAGCAGCUGAUGGAGAUCCUCAGCAAGAGCGUGCUGGAGAUCGAGCGCGCCGUCAAGCAGCCGCGGCCCGGCCCGGAUCCAGUGCAGCUCGGCAAGGUGCUGUCCAUCAUCCUGCACCUCAUCUGUCUGCUGGAGAAAGUGCCGUGCACCGUGGAGCAGGACCACUUCAAGAAAGAGACCAUCUACAAGUUCCUGAAGCUGCAGGCCUGCGGGAAGAACGGCUUCAGUCCGCUGCACCUGGCGGUGGACAGGAACACCACCUGUGUGGGCCGCUACCCCGUCUGCAAGUUCCCCUCCUUCCAGGUGGCUUCUAUCCUGCUGGAGUGCGGCGCAGACGUGAACUGCCGCGACGAGGACGACAACAGCCCUCUGCAUGUGGCUGCGUCCAACAACCACCCCGACAUCAUGAACCUGCUGAUCUCCUGCGGCACGCACUUCGACAGCACCAACUCCCUCAAGCAGACGGCCUGCGACCUGCUGGACCAGAAGGAGCUGGCCAAGAACCUGAUCCAGCCCAUCAACCACACCACGCUGCAGUGUCUGGCGGCGCGUGCCAUCAUCAAACACGGCCUGGCGUACCGCGGGAACAUCCCCGAUCGGCUGGAGGCCUUCGUGCUGCUGCACAGAUAGUGACGGACGACAGCAUCGGCAUGCAGCGCUUCCAGCAGAGUCCUGUUGCGUUCGUUCUCCGUUUCGUGCCGCAGGUUCGCAUCUCUAUGCUUUCUCUAUGCAGAGACGGGUAGCCGCCGGAUGCUGCGGGUUGGUUUGGUUCUCUCGAGUGGACUGGAAUGCUGUCGUUAUUCCCCUCCAGCGUGAGCGAGCAUCACCACGUGCUUAAUGUUUGCAGAUACCAUAAGUGCUUUUAUUCUUCCUAUGCACAGGCUGUAAUGUCAGGACUGUUCUGUAUUACUGGAUUGUGCCACGUGUUCAUGCGAAUGCCUGUUUUUUUUUUUUGUUACUUUAUAUUAAUCUUUUUCCUCACUGUCUCCUGAUCCGAUCGUGAGCUGGUGAAUCCGCCUGUUUGAAGAUAUUGAAUGUUAAAUCUUUGAACACGAUUGUUAUCACACAGCAUGUGCUGAGGUUUUAACGGUUUACCAUCAGACAUACUAACCAGUGCCGAUAUUAACAGCUCUGUCUGAGUUUGUGAUGAUGAUGAUGAUGAUGAUGAUGGAAUCGUAAGCUCGGUGUAGUUUAAGUUCAGCUUUAGCUACUUUUGUGUGGUUUGAACUCAAGGGCUUUAGAUUCUCUUACAGGCACAGUACACUAGUAAAUGAAACAAAUGUACAGUCAAAGGUCUUGCACUUUAUUGCAGUAAAAUUUGAUAUUCAUAUUAUGAUAGCAUAAAGCUUGUUGAUGUCCAUAGAGCAUAAUUAACAAUAAACCUCUGUUGCACUUCAGCGUUUGUCUGUGUU